AUGUCCGGUACGCUUGACGAGUCCAACAAGUUCUGUACCGGCCUUCCGGCUUGUGUUCGCCAUUUGGAAGCAUUGCGGUGCUAUCAGUGCAAUUCGAACGAUGAUUCCGAUUGUUUCGCACCGCCCAAGAACUUCACGGAAGCCGAGUACCGUGACAAUCAAACUGUAGUCGCUCGGCUGCUGAUGGAAUGCCCGAAGGAUGAGCAUAACCGGGAACCAUUCUGUAUCAAAUCGUCCGUUCUUGUCCUUGGUGGUAGCCUGCCGGAUCAUACGCGCGUGCUGCGCGAAUGCCAGUACGAACGGUGGGGUCGACCCUGCUAUCACGUAUACAACGGUGGCCACGAGGAAAUUACCUGCCAGUGUGAUAGCGAUGGAUGCAAUGGAGCCACGCAACACUCUGCGUCGAUCGUCAUGUUUCUAGCCAUGUUUGUCGGUGUUUCGUAUCGGUUACUUACAAGUGGAACCAGCUGA